AUGAAUGCCGUAAUAGCUUUAUGCCAUUUUUGUGAAGCUCAUGGACCAUCGGCCAUCUUUUGUACACAAACUUUGCGCGAUACCAAAUUAGAAGAUUUGUAUUUCAAUGGUCCCCAAAGUCCGACGGAACCUGGGCACAAACAAUGUCCCGCCUGUAAUUCAGUGGGUAUGACAAAUGGUUUGUAUAGCAAGGAUAAUGAAAGUGGAGCGACAUUUUUGAGUACCCAAGUAUCACCUCUGCCCGAUGUUGCAACAUUGGUGAAGCAGGCAGCUGUGCGUAGCCUUAGCUGUGAGAUUACACACAGCAAAGAUGGUGGUUUUGUGUUUUUCGGAGACACCUCAAGAGGUCACGUGCUAAGCCAUACCUUUCACGUCAGUGAUUUGCAGGCCCGUGGAUUUUAUCAAUUAUUCUCGAUUAUAAUAUUAAUGAAGGACAAAUAUUUCCUACUGAAUACCAAACCAUUUUUGGCUGAACAUUUAAGGCGAAUAUCUCUGGAAACGCAAAAUAGUGCCAAACGUGUUAAAGAAAAUGAAGAGUUGAAGGGUUCACCAAGACAACGUAGGUUGUCGGGUUCACAACCAUUGGUCCAAACACCCAGAUCUUUAAUAGAACUAACGGGAGAAGAAAACAUUUUUGCCAUCUUACAUACACAUUUCUCUUGGCUUCUAUUAGCUGGUUCCAGAUUUCUUACCGAACAUGUUACAUUCGGUAAUUUACCAUGGCUACCGCCACAAAGUACCAGUCAUCCGCCACAGCAAAGGCUUACAUAUAACAUUACCACCCUGCCAAUGAUACAGAAAUAUGAAACCCUUGAUGAUCCGGAAGAAUUUUAUUCGCUAAUACACCUCAAACAGUUGCUAAAGAAGACGGAAUUUAUUUCGCUGUGUUACUGUGCUUUAACGGGUGUUAAGAUCAUUGUUCGCGGUGAUGCCAGACGCACAUUUUAUUUUAUGAUGUGCCUCAAGAAACUUCUACCCGAUCAAAUGCAUUCUCUGAUACGCGUUGAUGCCCAGCAUCAGCAUUCCAUUAGUGCAGAUUAUAAAAUUAUAUCAAUAUCGAAUGAAAUUGCAGUACCCAUGGCCAGUUCUUCAAUUUUCCGUGUAGAUUUUCUACCAGAGACCGAUGAUGGAUGUGACAUCUCCAUUAAAUGGCCGGGGACAGUACCAAAUAAGUUACCCGAUUUAUUGGUGAAACUUUUAAAGGCCGUCAAUGAAACACGUUUCACAGAGCUGGUGUUAAAUCGUCAUACUAAGGUAUUAGUGGAAGAAUGGAAAAACAAGGUGAUAUGUUUAAAUCAUGCCAAAUCCGCAAAUGGUCAAAAUAAACUCAAACGAGUAUUAGGUGUCCAGCCACAGGAUCAAGCAUUGAUCAAUUAUUGGAGUGCCCAUUUGCAUUGA